UCUAAUUUGGUGCAGUAAAAGUCAAUAAAUCCGGUCACUGAAAAGUUGACCAAGAAUUUUCUGGAAUUUGAAAAAUACCAAAUAUACAUUACUGACUAAUUAGAGAAAGGAAAAAAAAUUGUUUUUAAAUAGACCCUCUCCAUCAACACGGCGUCGUCUUUUGCACCUCCGCACUCUCACUGCAACCCGAAUCCCCACUCAUCGGCAGCUCCAAUUGCACCGCCACAAUUGUUCGCUCCACCUCCGAUUAACACAUCACAUUAUCGGAGAUCGAAUUGGAAUUUCUGAUUUAUAAUUUGAUUUUUUUUGGAAGAUGAAAUUUUUUGGAUUGCUCGACCUUUUAUUGUUCGGUUGCUUCAUUCUAUUGAUACAUGGCAUCACUGAAUCGGCGGCUUCUUCUCCCCUCAAAGACCCACUCCUCGGAGUUUCUCCUGAAGAUGAGAAUUAUUUCAAGGGAUUUUCUACAUCGAGCAUGAUCAAGUGUAAAGAUGGAUCAAAGAAAUUCAACAAGUCCCAGCUAAACGACGAUUUCUGUGACUGCAGUGAUGGCUCUGAUGAGCCCGGAACAUCAGCUUGUCCGAACGGGAAAUUCUACUGCAAGAAUGCUGGACACUCUCCACUUAUCUUGUAUUCUUCUAGGGUCAAUGAUGGGAUCUGCGAUUGCUGUGAUGGGAGUGAUGAGUAUGAUGGUAAAACUAAGUGCCUGAAUACGUGCUGGGAGGCUGGAAAAACAGCAAGAGACAAAUUGAAGAAAAAAAUUGCCACAUAUGUGGAAGGUGUCACUUUACGCAGGCAGGAAAUCGAGAAAGCAAAAUUGGCCAUAGCCAAGGAGGAAGGAGAGUUGUCGAAGCUAAAGGAUGAGGAGAAAAUCCUCAAGCCAUUGGUUGAAAAGCUCAAGGAGCGCAAGGAACAGAUAGAGAAGGUUGAGGAAGAAGAAAGGUUGCGGAUAGAAAAAGAAGAGAACAAAAAAAAGGAAGCUGAAGAAGCUGAAAAGAAGGAAACCAAAGCUGAAGAUAUUGAACAUGCGCAUGAUGAUAUCCAAGAUAAUAUUGGGACAGUAGAUCAACCUCCACAGAAUUAUGAGGAAGAAUAUCGCAAAGCUGUCAACGAUCAUUCCAUUAAGGAUAGACUUCCAAAUACUGAAGCAGAAGGUUCUAUUGAAGGCUCUCUCCAGGCCGAUGAACAACUAGAGGAAGGAUCCACUUUUAGUGACAGUACUGGUCUUCAUACUGAAAAUCAGGAUGAAAAUAUAGGUGAAGAUACCGAGUCGUUAUCAAGGGAAGAGUUAGGUCGCCGCAUCGCAUCACGGUGGACAGGUGAAAAGACCGAUCAACACGAGGAGGUUGAUGCUUCUUCUCCAGACAAGGAUCAUCAAAAUACCGACGAGCUGUCAAAUGAGACCAAUUAUGAUGAAGAAGACAAUGCCUAUACAUCAGAGGAAGAUGAACAUAAGUUUGACGACGAUGAUGAUGAUGACAGCAAAGACCAGGUCGAUGAUUUUGGAACUGAUGACCAUUACAAUCCAACUCCGUCGCAAAAACUCGACUCUGAUGAUGAAUCAGACUUUUCUGAUAUAAGUGGCACAAGUGGCUCGUCUUGGCUGGAGAAGAUACAGAAGACGGUGAAGACCAUGCUUGACGCUGUCAAAUUAUUCCAGACGCCUGUUAAUAUAUCUGACGCUGCACAUGUCCGCAAAGAGUAUGAUGAAUCCAGUGCUAAGUUAUCCAAAAUACAGUCGAGGAUAUCUAGUCUGACGAAGAAACUAAAUCAAGAUCUUGGUCCCGAAAAGGAAUUCUAUUCAUUUUAUGGUCAAUGUUUCGAGACCAAACAGAAUAAAUAUGUUUACAAAGUCUGCCCUUUCAAGCAAGCUACACAAGUGGAGGGUUACAGUACAACUCGUUUAGGGAGCUGGGAGAAAUUUGAGGACUCUUACAGAGUAAUGCAGUUUUUAAAUGGUGAUAAGUGUUGGAACGGCCCAGAUAGAAGCAUGAAGGUCAAAUUAAGGUGCGGCUUGAAAAACGAACUUACGGAUGUUGACGAACCAAGCCGUUGCGAGUACAUGGCUUUGUUGGCUACCCCUGCACUGUGUGUUGACAGUAGACUUAAGGAGCUGCAAGACAAGUUGGACUCGUUGAACAAGCAACUACCGCAGUUACACGACGAGCUAUGAGCACACUUUUUUUGAUAGGUUAACUGAGAGCGCAUGCUUUCUACUAAGGUUAUAUUUUUCUCCCUGUCUGAACUGUCUUCUUUAUCUCGGCGAACUUGCCGAUUCUUUGAGUUGCUUCAGCUUAGUUAUCCAAGAAAUUGUACACACUAAAUUAUGGACUUCUUUUUUUUUUUUUUUAGAAUUAGAACCCUACUGCUUUGUGAGUUAGCUUCUUCUCUCUCUUUCUCUCACACAAUAAAUUGAAUUUCUAAACUU